UUCUCUCUCUUCUCUCUUCUCUCUUCUGCAACAGACAAAUCACAAAUCCUUCUCUCUCUCUCUCUCAAUUAGAAAAAGAAGGGUUCUUCUCUUCCGACCGGCCUCUCUGUUCAUUCAUUCAAGUUCUCUGAGAAUCUCCGUACAACUUGUUUCUUUGUGAAUUGCAAAAACAGUCAACAAUGGUGGAGCGUGGGAAGAGGAAUCAUAACCGUUUUAGAGACAGUAACAAUGAGAACAACAGGAAUCAAAAGAGACGUCUUUCUUAUGAAUCCGAAGAGAAGAUGGAUAACAAAGACGAUCUCAUUGUUGUUUACAGAAUCUUGUGUCCAAGUGGAGUCAUUGGUAGUGUUAUAGGCAAAAGUGGCAAAGUUAUCAACUUGAUUAGGCAAGAAACUAGAGCUAGGAUCAAAGUUGUUGAUCCUUUUCCAGGUUGUAGCGAAAGAGUCAUUACCAUUUUUUGCUCUGUUACUGAGAAGAAAGACAUUGUCGACAUUGAGAAUAGCGAAUUGAAUUAUACUGUUCCUUUGUGUUCUGCUCAAGAUGCUCUUCUUAAAGUCCAUGAUGCUAUUGUGGCUUCUUUAGCCACUGCUGCUGAGAACACUAAGAUAAAUAGAGAUGAUAUUAGAGAAUGUCGCGUUUUGGUUCCCUCUAGUCAAUGUUCUAAUGUGAUUGGUAAAGCUGGUUCGAUUAUUAAGAAGAUUAGAAGUAGAACUAGAGCAAACGUUAAGAUUGUCUCUAAAGAUGUUUCUGAUCCUUCACACACUUGUGCAAUGAAUUUUGACAACAUUGUUUUGAUUUCUGGUGAGUCUGAAUCAGUGAAGAAGGCACUUUUUGCUGUAUCUGCAAUAAUGUACAAAGUCAGUCCUCGAGAACAGAAUCCUCUUGAUACAACUGUCCAAGAAGUUCCCGCUAGUAUUAUAAUCCCGUCAGAGCUAUCUGUCUAUCCACAAGCCGGUUUAUACCCAAAUCAGGAUCCUAUUUUCCAACAUGGGGCCAACGAUCCUAUUUUCCAACAUGGGGCCAACGUUUCAUCAUUUAUGGGUUAUGGAGACAAUGCUACAAAUCCAAUGCCAGUUUUUUCUGCUUCUGCUCUUCCUGUAGUUCAUGGUGGUUUUGGAGGGUCUUCAAGAUCUGAGAAUUUGGUUAUAAAAGUUAUGUGCUCGUCUUCCAAGAUCGGCCGUGUUAUCGGGAAAGGAGGAUCAGCCAUUAAGGGGAUAAGACAAGCAAGCGGGUCUCAUAUCGAGGUAAAUGACUCGAGGUCAAAUCAUGAUGAAGACUGUGUUAUCACUGUCACUGCUACAGAGUCUCCUGAUGAUUUGAAGUCUAUGGCGGUUGAAGCUGUUCUUCUACUUCAAGAGAAAAUUAACGAUGAAGAAGAGGAAAAAGUUAAAAUGCAACUCCUUGUAGCUUCUAAAGUAAUAGGAUGCAUUAUAGGGAAGAGUGGCUCAAUCAUAAGCGAAAUCAGGAAAAGGACAAAGGCUGAUAUUCACAUUUCAAAAGGGAGUAAUAAGCCUAAGUGUGCUGAUCCCAAUGAUGAGCUCGUUGAGAUAUCAGGUGAAGUAAGCUGUGUGAGAGAUGCUCUUAUUCAGUUAGUUCUGAGGCUGCGAGAUGAUGUUUUAAGAGAUAGAGAGAUUGGUUCCAGGAAUCAACCGCCUGCAAGAUCUGAGAAUAAUAAUUUCUUCUCUUCGGGUAGUAGCAAUACUGGUGUCGCAGUUCCUCCCUCUUUCAUGUCUUCUGUUCCGGCUACUGUAGAUUUUGAUAGGAGACCAGAAACCAGGAGCAGCAUGAGUAUGCUUCCUUCUAGCGGUGGACUCUAUGGUUAUGGAAGUUUUCCGAUGGGCAAUAACAGUUACGGAUCCAACUCUUACUCAUCCAAUCUAUAUGGAGGAUUGCCUCAAUCUACUACUGUGGAGGUUCGAAUUCCUGCAAGUGCGGUGGGUAAAGUUAUGGGAAGAGGAGGAGGCAACUUGGAUAACAUAAGAAGGAUAUCAGGAGCUUUGAUAGAAAUUUCUGAUUCCAAUAAUUCCCAUGGCGGUCGCAUUGCUCUCAUUUCCGGAACACCUGAACAGAAGCGUACCGCAGAGAACUUGUUCCAAGCUUUUAUCAUGUCCACUUGAAUAGUUUGCUCUGCCCCCAAAAUCCUUUUCCAUGGAAGUUUGUUCCAUCUCUCUAGCUCUCAGUGGAUUUCUUUGGUCGGGUUCUCAGGCUCUUCUCCCUCUUCCAUCAAGUUCAUGUUUAUACAUGGUUACAUCUCUCUCCAACUUUUCAGUAUCUUUGUCUUCAUUAGGUAACUUUUGGUUUCUCGUGCUAGACAUCUUACAGUCUGUCAGGAUCAUUCUUUCUUCCUUUCCUUGCGAGCUGUUCGUAUGAUAAAUGCUUAUCUCUCUGUGCAAUAAAACAAAAGCGUUCUUAUAUCAAAUCAAACUUUGCUUAUUUUC